AUGUCAGCCUGGAAGGACGUUCCCGCUGCGGACCCUGUUCCUGCCUACCGAUUGUUCACAGGCGACCUCGAGAAGCCGUUGCUCGAUGACAGACAUUACCGCGUGCUACAGCUACAGAAUGGCUUGCGCGCGGUGUUCAUACACGAUCCCGAAGCAGACAAGGCUGCUGCCUGCUUGGCACUAACAAUAGGACAUAUGUAUGACCCGAUCGACGCUCAGGGCAUGGCGCACUAUUGCGAGCAUAUGAUUAUGAAGGGCUCUGAACCAUACCCAGAUGAAGGCGACUUUACUUCCUUCAUCACCGCCAAUGGUGGCGCCAAAAAUGGAGUGACGGGUCCCAUGUCAACCCACUACUAUUUUUCGCUCAAUCCGACACAACUCGAAGGGGGCCUCUCGCGGCUUGCAGCGUUCUUCUACGCGCCGCUCUUCACAGAGUCUCUCGCAGCCCGUGAAAUCAAUGCGGUGGACUCCGAGUUCAAGCGCAACUUACAGAACGACGCCCGGCGCCUCCUCCAGCUCAGCAAACAUCUAAGCGUAGAUGGGCACCCGAACCGCAACUUUGGUACUGGGAACUAUGUCAGCCUCACUGAUAUGGGCCGCACAGGGGACACGGACGGGGACGAAGCUUCCGUCUUGCGCGAGACGAGGCGCCGGCUCGUUGGGUGGUGGGAACGCCAGUACUGCGCUUCCCGCAUGGCGCUCGCUGUGGUCGGAAAAGAGCCUCUGGACGCUUUGACCUUGCUGGCCGCACCCCUCUUCUCGAAGAUUGCGAGCCGUGAAUACGAGCCGGAUCCUGCUGUCAAGGAACCCUUCUGGGGCCCAGAGCACAGAGGGGCGAGUGACGCCUCGUAUCUCGGGCGCUGUCUAUUGUCUGACCCCUUCGGGCUGCCCGACUUGCGCCAGCACGUGACCUCUAAGCCUGCGGCGUUCCUCGCACACUUCUUAGGCCACGAGGGUGUCGGUAGUGUCUGUGCCUAUCUGAAGAAGCAAGGGUGGCUGCUCAAUCUCAGCGCGUUUACGUCGGGUCACACUCGUGGCCCGCAGACCUUCAAUGUUGAUGGCACGCUCACGCUUGAAGGGUAUCUCCACUAUGAUGCCGUGCUGGAAACGAUUUUCGAGUACAUUGCUCUCAUGCGGCGCUCGUUCCCUUUCCCUGACUAUCACUAUGCCGAGGUCGCGACUAUGGCCGGGAUUCGCUUCCGUUUCAUGCAAAAGGGACAGCCUCACGAAUACGCCGUUAGGCUUGCGCGCGAUAUGUCUGAACCAUACCGCACGGAACAGCUCAUCAGCGGCCCUUACCUAUACCGCGGCAAAGACGACGCGACAGUGAAGCAGCUCCUGGAUAGCUUCACCCCGGAACGCGCGAAGCUCUUCCUGCAAGCAAAGGAGCAUCGAGAGGAGAUUGUAGGUAAAGACGUGCAAUGGGAGGCUGAGAAGUGGUACGGCACACAGUUUGCUGUCCGCAAGUUCGACGAGGUACUGUUGGAGAAGCUCCGGGAGGCAAGUAGCAAUACCGAGUUAGCUCUCCCUUCUGCCAAUCGUUUCAUUCCGACGGAUUUGUCCGUCACCAAAGUCGAAGUUGCGGAGCCAGCGAAAUUCCCAACUCUUGUGAAACGCACAGAUAUAUCACAGCUAUGGCACAAGAAGGAUGACCAGUUCUGGGUACCCAAAGCCCAAGUCCGCAUCGUUAUCAAGAGCCCCGUCGCAUACACGACAUCUCGUCACGCACUUCUGACCGGGCUGUUCGUUGAUCUUAUCGAGGACGCCCUUGCGGAGGUUACCUACGAUGCCGGUAUCGCAGGGCUAUCGUACGCGGUAUCAAGUCAUAGCGAAGGCAUCGACGUGACCGUAGCAGGCUACCAUGACAAGUUGGACGUUCUACUGCGUAUGGUGCUCGACCAGCUUCGCCAGUUGGCCGUGCAGGCCGAUAGACUCCAAGUCAUGAAGGAAAAGGUCAAGCGUGAUUAUGACAAUUUCUACGUCGGACAACCGUCGAAUUUGUCGUACUCGUUCGCCACGUGGUAUCUCUUACCCAGGAGAUGGACUCCUGCGGAGAAGCUUACUGAGCUGUCUUCGAUCACCGAGGGCGAUAUCGAACGUCAUCGUGAUGCACUGUUUUCGAAGACAUUCAUCGAAGUCUUAGUAAACGGUAAUUUCAGUAAAGAGCGUUCGUUGGAGCUUUUGGCUAUCGUCGAGGGAUGCCUUCAGUCACAACCUCUUCUUCCGAGCGAAAUCCCCCAUCCACGCUCCUUGCUCCUCCCUCCAGGCUCGAAUAUCAUCACGCGCAAGCGACUGGCGAACCCGAAGGAGGUAAAUAGCGCCCUUUCCUACUUUUGCCAGUUUGGCGAGGUCUCCGACAUCAAGAUUCGGAGUGUCGCCGCUCUGCUCCAUCAAGUGAUCCGUGAGCCCUGCUUUACGCAGCUCCGCACCCAGGAACAGCUUGGAUAUGUCGUAAUUGUGACGAAUUGGUCCAUCGCCAACAGCACAGUCGGCGUCGGAAUCAGGAUGCAGAGCACUCGCUCCCCAUGGCACUGUGAGGCACGGGUGGAGGCGUUUCUGGAGGCUUUCGCCGAGCGUCUCUCCGGGAUGACCGCGGAGGAGUUCGCGAUGCACAAGGACGGCCUUGUGGUCAAGAAGCUCGAGCGCGUCAAGAACCUUGGCGAGGAGACGUCCCGCUUCUGGGAAACGAUCUGCGCUGGCCACUACGACUUCCUCCGAAACGAGGCUGACGCAGAGGCGAUCCGCGCUCUCACCCUAUCCGAAGUAACCGCAGCGUAUGACAAGCUCAUACGGCCGUCGACCGGCGCACACUCCAGGAGGAAGCUCUCCGUGCAGCUCAUUUCGCAGCGGCUGACGGACGAUGUCCUGCCUCCGGCUCCCACGCGGCAGGCGGUGCUAAUCGCUGACACACAGGUAGUGGGCGUACUGGACAGGGCCGCGGGCGAGCGAGAGAGCGCGCUCAAGGCCCGUCUAGAGUGUGCGCCUGCUGUGACGCCUGUGGUAUCCGCAGCAUUGGGCGUAUAUGCGGGUGCCUUCGAUUUGCCCCCUCUAGUGAUCGGCGACGUGAUUCAAGGUUAG